GAUGUAUAUGUUGAUGUGCAGCAUGGGCUUAACGAGUAUCCAGCGUUCAUAAUUGUAAGAAUGAAUCUUACUGACACCAGAGGGAAGUUGACCGCAAUGUCGGACGCUGUUGGGGCGAACUUUGUAGUGUAUACAGCUGGACUUUACCGGCAAAAUUAUCAUAUAGUACAUGGCGUUAGCAAAGAAAGAAUACGGGUUUGGAUAGACUCACAGAAUUGGGCGUACAUAUAUGCGGGAGGUGAUGGGUACGCUGUUAACUUCGCAGCCAAAGAAGGAGAUUUAGAGAUGUACGCCUGGAAAUCUACAUCAAUGAAUGAGCAAGAAUAUUCACAAACCUCACUUUGUCCAGACGAUCCUAGCGAAACAUUUGAGGUUCCUUACAGAAACAUUGUUCAAAAUCCAUUAACACGUGCAUGGGCGCGAAGUAACACGGGUCCAAACGCUGGUUUCCUAUUUCCAGGAAGUGGUGCAAUGGCCUUCGGGAGGACUAUUUCCGACAGUAUCUGUAGUUAUGGGGGUCUUGUAUAUGCUUACAAUUUUGUAAACAUGCGUUUCUGGAGACCUACAAAUGCGACAAAUGGAGGGUUGAUCUGCGUGUCAAAUUUCUUUGGUAACGGAACGAAUUCUCAGCGGUCAGUCGAUGCAGAAAUCAUAAUGCGUUCCUGGGGAGUUAAAUCCAAGAGAAAUAGCCACAGGUGGACAGUAGAAGUACCACAAGACAAGUGUAUCCGAACCAAACCAAAGAAUUGAAGACAUACAUGAGCUGUUGAAUAUUUAUCACCUCACAAGUCAUAGCAAUGACUUGGCAACUUAUAUAUUUCAUAAUUACAAAAAUGCCAUGACUCUGUUAACCUAGAAAACUUGUGUUUACAAUUUUUUGGCAAUGUUUCUGUCCAUAACUGAGUAAAUGGGUAAAUAAUGCUACUGACAAGAAUCGGAGCCGGGGGCAUUUGUGUUUUCAAACACGUUCUUGUUUAUUGUGUAUUAGAUUAAGAUGUCUUUUUUAAACAUUUCUUUUCAUAUAAAACAAAUAAAUAUUGCUUAGUUUAGUGUUAGAUCGAUAUUUAUUUCUCUUAGUGAACACCAAAAGUUCAUAUUGCACUCGUGGCUGCGCCACUCAUGAAACAUACCUUUUGGUGCUCACCUGGUGAAAUCAAGUCCGAUCUUACACUGAUUAACAAAUAUCCCCUUUAUUAUAAUAUUUUUUAACUGUCCACGCCAUUUGGCUAUAUUGUAGUUGAUAAGUGUAUUGUUUAACAAAAAUGUACUGGGUGUCUUUUAAAUCCUGUAAAUUGUAGUCGGAAUAUUAAUUAGAUUUAGCCUGUUUAAAAGUUUGAAUUCUAUUCAUUAGAUUAACCAAUACAGUUUGUUUUGUUAAGUUUUUACAAAACAAGUAAAAAAAACGACAGGGCAGUAAGAAUUUUUCUUUGGCAAAUAUCUACUUGGUGAUCCGAAACAUUUAGGAUAUUUUUUAUCAUAUCGUAUCAUAUAUUAGAUUACUUAUUAUGUGAUUUUGUUUUGUUUAAAUCAUAAUUAUUUGUUUUAUUUUCUUGUUUGUUUUUACAUGUAAAUGUUUUCAUCAAUUAAA